UUUUUUUUUUGACUCUCUCUUUAAUCUUUUUUUCCCCUUCUAUUCCCUAUUGUAUUCAAAUAAAACACCUUUAUGCCAAAUAUCACUUCAGAUUUUCAUGCACUUAUUCAAGCAUCUCAACAAGAAAAACAUCCAACUCAAGAAAAAACAUCUUUAAAAGAUAAAAAAGAAUAUGAUAUUUUUACCAAGGAAGCUUACCGUAUAUACCAACACAUUGACAGUUUGACUCGUUUCUUACUUUCCAUUCGACGCGCUUACCUCAGCAAUGAUAGUCGAAAGUCUCGUUAUACCAACACCAACUUGAAAAACAGUGAUAAUGCAACAACCAAUUCACUUUUUGCCAUGUUUCCCACCAAUAUUACACAUUUGACUGACCGUGAACGAGAUGAAAUCGAUUUCCAGGCCAAGUUAAUCAUUCGACGAUGUAUGGAUCGUGUCAAAGAGUUAGAAGAAGCUGAACGACUACGAAAAGAACAAGCAGAAGCAAAAGCAAGUCGACGAUUGGCGAAUUUUCUCCAGCAAGUGAUACCAGGCGUACCUUCUUCCAUGGUGGAUAUAGAAGAUAUAAUAGGUAUUCAUAGAAGUAAUAUGGUGUGGCUCUUGAACAAACUUUUGAUGGAUGUAUCCAAAUUACAAAAAGGUCAACAAGAAACAAGAUUAACAAGAGAACUUGAAAAAUCCGAAAAUCAUCUCUUUAACAACAAUACCAUGUUAACCACAAGUAAUCAAUCUACGAUAGAGACAUCAUCAUCAUCAUCAGGUUUAGGAUUGAAUUGGAAAGCAACAAAAUCGACAAUAACAAAGGAUACAUCAUCCAGUGGAGAAUGGGCAAUGACAGAUAUACAUGAAGAUAUGGAUGCUUUUGAACAACAAUUAUCACAGGAACAAAUUCAAAUGUUGGAAAAGGAAAAUGAAGCCAUGUUAGAAGAAAUGAACAGCACUCUUAAUCAAGUACAUCAAGCUGAAAAAGCACUAAUGGAAAUCUCAACUCUUCAAUCUCAAUUGACGAAUCAUUUGGCAGUACAGACAAUGCAAACGGAUCGACUUUAUGGGGAUUCCUUGGCAACAACUGAACGAGUAGAGCAAGGGAAUUUACAAUUACAGCAAGCUAGGGAAAGAAAUCGUGGAACUCGUAAAUUUAUGUUGAUCUUUUUAUUUGGUGCUAGUCUAGUAUUAUUAUUUUUGGAUUGGUAUUCAUGAUCUUGUCUUGUAAUAAAAUUUACUCAUACAAACUUUAAAAAACUGCGGUGAUUUGAAU